CACAGGCAGACGCACGCAGGUGCCACGGCCUUUGCCUAGUUUACUUACUGUCUAGUGUCUACCAGUGUUGAGCGACAGAGAUGAGCGCCUCCGAAUUGCCAAGGAAAGAAGCGAACGUGCUCAAGGGUCAUGAGGGUGCAGUAUUAGCUGCCAGAUUCAACGGCGACGGCAACUAUUGCCUCAGCUGUGGCAAAGACCGCACCAUCCGCCUCUGGAAUCCCCACCGCGGCAUUCACAUUAAGACCUACAAAGCUCACGGCCGCGAAGUACGCGACGUCCAUGUCACCCCGGACAAUUCCAAGCUGUGUUCUUGCGGGGGUGAUCGGCAAAUCUUUUAUUGGGACGUAGCAACUGGUCGUGUUAUUCGCAAGUUCCGUGGCCAUGAUGGCGAGGUUAAUGCUGUUAAGUUUAACGAGUAUGCUUCUGUGGUUGUAUCUGCUGGCUAUGAUCGUUCAUUACGUGCUUGGGACUGCAGGUCUCAUAGCACCGAGCCUAUCCAGAUAAUCGAUACAUUUUUGGACACUGUUAUGUCUGUAUGUUUGACCAAGACUGAAAUUAUUGGUGGGAGUGUUGAUGGAACUGUCCGAACCUUUGACAUUCGUUUGGGUAGAGAAACAUCUGAUGACUUAGGGCAACCUGUCAAUUGUAUCUCAAUGUCAAAUGAUGGCAACUGUAUAUUGGCUAGUUGCUUAGAUUCUACUCUGCGCCUCUUGGACCGGUCUACAGGUGAACUAUUGCAAGAAUACAAAGGACACACUUGUAAGUCAUUCAAAAUGGAUUGCUGCCUUACCAACACCGAUGCUCAUGUUACCAGUGGAUCUGAGGAUGGCACAAUUUUCUUCUGGGAUUUGGUAGAUGCGUCUGUGGUGUCAAAAUUCCGAGCACACGCAUCAGUGGUGACAAGUGUGAGUUAUCACCCAAAAGACGACUGCAUGAUAACCUCUUCUGUUGAUGGCACGGUUCGAGUGUGGAAGACAUAAGCUCAUCAAACAAGGGAGCUUCCCUACUAGUUGGUUUAUUACAGUGUUGAAAGGAUUUCAAAGGUCCAGUACGAGUCAUCCUCACACAUGUAGGUUGGACAUUGGUGACCAGUGGUGGAACCCAAUAUUCUCAGCAAAAUUACGAUAUAUAAUGGUAAAACGAUGUAGUAGCCUUCUGUUGGUACCCCUAUUGUUUCCUAGUGACAGCAGCCAUCAAGGCACUUGUACCAUGUCACUGCUCUUCAACAGUCCUCAGGUUUUGUUUUUUCUUUCUGAAUGUCAUGAAUGUGAAAUUGUCUUUUGAACUACUGAUAAUAGAAAUUUCCAUUUCAGUCCUGACUGGCUUUUUUCAACCAGUCCGUUCUUUGAAAAAAUACGUCCUCUACACUGAUAGAAUCUAAGAUCUGCAGAUGUUUAGCAGAGUGCAGAAAGCCCAACCCAAGGAAUGAAGAAAAAUGAGCCUAUACGGCUAUAGUCAGUGUAAAGCGUCGUUUUUAGUUGAUGUUGAAAAAGGCCAGCUUACCCAUAACUUUUUGUUUGAGUGCUUUUUAUUAUUUUUGUCCUUGAAAGGAAAUUCAGAGAUGCCUUUAAUAAUUAGUCCUUCUCAUU